GUGUUUAUCUGCCGAUUGUUUUAGUGAUAAAAACUACAUAAAACUACAUAAUUAAAUUGUGUUACAACGAAAAGCAUCCUUUUUAAGUUCUUCGACAAUAUUUUUGUGACACCAUAACUCUCUACUCUUACAAUAAGUGUGCAAUAUUAGCCGGUUUUUGUGCCCUCUGCCCAAAAAUUUUGCCGCGAAAUGUCUUCCCCGGUUGCGAUAUCCGAUGAUGACGAUAGUUUUGAAGCCCCAGUACCUUCCAUGAGGAUAACAAGGUCAGCUGCUGCGAGUAACAAGCCAGUCGUUGUGGAAGUAUCAGAUGAAGUCGAUUCAGAUAACACCAUAGAUUACAGUGACACAAACUUGACCUCAGACGAUGAUUCAGAACUUCCCGAGGUUACAUUAACUUCAAAAAAGAACGCUCUGAUCAAAAAGCUUUUCCCUAAAAGUUCUAAAUCAGGAAUGUCCUCUGCAUCCAGCGCAAAAAUGCCCGUGUAUCUCAAACCCAAAGUACAAGGGUUUGAGAAGAUAAUUGGUGGUGUCACUGUUAAUUUACCGGUGGAGCCUUAUGGCUGUCAAAUAGCGCUGAUGUUCAAGGUGAUAACGGCAAUCAACAAAGGACAAAACUGCUUGUUGGAGAGCCCCACGGGCUCCGGGAAGACGCUGGCCCUGCUCUGUGCUGCCUUGGCCUGGCAGCUGCAUAUGAGAAAUCGUACCGCCACAGAUAUCGCACAGAAGUUCCAGGAGUCGCAUCCCCAGUUGCGAGGAAAGGAGAAUAUAGUUGAACAAAUCGCGUCGCCGAAAAAAAGUUAUGUCGGCUUGGGCAAACUCUUUACCUUCAACAAACCUAGCUUCGGUGAGAAGAGUAUCUACGACAAGCCGAGCGACCUGGACGCCUCCAGCUCCGGAGUCAAGCGGACGGAACCCCUCUCCCCAGACACAUUUGAAGAGUCAUCGAGCAAUGGUCUCGUAACCAUCCACAAGAAGCGGAAACUGAACACCUCCUUCGAUUCUGACUCCACGUCACCAGAUAUACCUUCCACUCCUGAGAACACUACCAACCCGCCUGAACCCGAAACUCCUGAGAAUGUCCGACGGCUGUACAACCUCAUCACGUCCCUUCAAAUCCGGACCUCCAUGCUUGUUGAUUCCAGCAUUCCCACCAUCUACUACGGCGCGCGGACGCACAAGCAGCUCCAGCAGGUCGUCAAGGAGUUCAAGAGGACGUUCUACUGCGGGGAGGCGAAGAUGACGAUUCUGGCGAGUCGGGAGUACGCCUGUAUAAGAGAGUUCGACAAGCAGCUGUGGAAGACGAAGAACGACAUGUGCAGGGGAUGUACUAAGACACACACCGCCCCACCAGACGCGCCAACACAAACAGCUACCAACUGCAAGCCCUUCGACAACCACAAAGCCCUCCACCACGGUUCUCUCCCAGCAGCCUUCGACCUUGAAGAGCUGGUCGCCAUCGGGGAGUCUAUGGUAGCCUGUCCUUACUACGCGGCCCGCAGUAUGGCGGCCGCGGCGCAGAUCGUCUUCUGCCCGUACAACUACCUCAUAGAGCCCGGCAUCAGGAGCAACAUGCAAAUAGAUGUGCGCGACCAGAUCAUAAUAAUUGACGAGGCGCACAACAUCGAGGACAUCUGCCGCGACGCAGCCACACAAACAGUCACGAGGGACGACAUACAAGUCGCGAUCAAGGAACUGGCUCAUGUAGCGGAUUAUCGGUACGCGAACCAGGACGUGUUAAGUUACAUAGAUAUCUUACUAAAAACGUUGAAAUUCUGGGACGAUUGGUUCGCCAACCAGCUUCCUCUGUUAACGAACAAACCCAUAAACAACAACGAGGCAGUUCAUACUUGGCAGGUCCAGCACUUUGUGCAAACUCUCAACAACCAUAACAUCGGCAUGGAGCAUUUCAGCGAAUUUAGCGAAAGCGCUGAGAUAUUUUGCCGGCGGCUACGCGAGGACCCGAGGACGUUAUACGGAGUCUCGCAAGUGACGGGCAGCCUUAUUGAAACCUUACAAAUGGUGUUAGGGUUCCUGUUUCGCCACGACGCCAAGUAUUUGGACGACUUCGUGCCAGCGCUGGUUAAGACCGGGGGCGGAGAUGAACCGCGGUACUCGCAGUUCUCCCAACACACUCAAGACAAGGAAACACUGUCACUCCGUCUCCUGUGCAUGAAUCCAGCUGUGGUUUUCGAAGGUCUAAAAGAGGCAAAAUGCAUCAUACUAGCUUCGGGCACCCUAACCCCUCUCAUAAGUCUACACUCCGAACUGGCUACAGAGUUCCCUCUGCAAGUCAGUCCCAAUCACGUCAUACCGCCCGACAGAGUGUGGAUAGGCUCACUAUCAACCUGCCCUAAUGGCCGCCGCCUAGAGUGUAACAGUCGCGGCACGGACCAACCAGAUAUACAAGACGGCCUCGGUGAGGCCAUCCAUUGGGUAACACAGGUCACACCUAGCGGCGUACUAUGUUUCCUUCCGUCCUACGCACUUAUAAACAAGCUGGUAAAACGAUGGCGAGAAACAGGGCUGUGGACGCAGCUAAGCCGCACAAAACAGGUCUUUGUGGAGUCCAGGAACGUUAGAGAUCACAAUGAUAUCAUGGAGGACUACUACCAGUACUCGGCGAGUGCCAAGGGGGCGUUACUGUUUGCCGUGUACCGCGGCAAGGUGUCCGAGGGCAUGGACUUCAAGGACCACCAGGCUCGAGCCGUCAUCACGAUCGGUGUGCCGUAUCCCAACACAUUCGACAUGGCAGUAAAGGAGAAGAUGAAAUACAACGACAAAUACGCCGCGAAAAGGAACCUGCUCUCCAGCCGGGAGUGGCUCCGGGUACAAGCGUACAGGGCGCUGAACCAGGCGGUGGGGCGCUGCGUGCGGCACCGCGGGGACUGGGGCGCGGUGCUGCUGGUGGACGCGCGCUUCCAGGCGCCCUACUACACCGACCACCUCUCCAAGUGGGUCAAGGGCUUUCUGGGCAACAACCACCACACAUACGAGAGCCUGGUCAACAGCGACAACAGCCUGGAGGAUUUCAUGCAAAGCAUGACGCAACGGGAUGAAGAAGACUGAAACGUUAAUAGUAAUGAAGUAAAAUAAAUGUGACAUCUCCCAACGAAAGGGAGUUAGAGUCAGGCUCAGUUAACUUUGCACCGUGUUUGUUUUGCAGACUGUGCAAGUGUUAUGAUAAAAUCAUCAUCAUUUAAUAGAAAUUUGACGUUAUUAUAAGACUUUCACAGUCUGUGAUAUUUUUAAACACUACGACGAUACUUACGCCUCUAGGGUAGUUUUUUUUUUAUAGUUUGUUUUGUGUGUGCUAUGUAAUAGCAUAAAAAUAAUUGUCACUCAUAUUAUAACAUGUAAAUAAGAUACUGUUGUAAGUUAAUCGUAAUCAUUUAAUGAAGUUUUA